UGUUCCUUACUUUCCGCAGCUCAUUUAAGCACGUAAUGCAACACACAUGUGCAGCGCUGGUUUAUGGUCUACAGUUCAAAAACCGUCUUGAAUGUCCAAAAAGCUGCUUGUCAAGUCCUUCAAUCUAGUCCAGCCUCGCCUCAUGUCGACAUCACCCUCGACAAAGCAGAAACUGGUUCCAGUAUCAGAUUUCCGAGCCUUGAUUCCUAUCCGAGAGAUCCACCAGGAGAACUAUUUGGACGACUCCAAUGACGAAAUCUAUGUAGAUAUUUCAAACAAGUUCAUUCACCACGCUGGAAUCUACAAGAAAGAGCCUCAUCUCGCUCACGUUUAUACCCACCGAGAACAAGUGAAAGAAAGGUACAAGUCCAAAAGAGGGCACAUAUUUUGGUACACUGCAGAACUGAAGUUUGAAAUCAGAUGGAAUCAAACGGCUGCCAGGUGGGAACACAGAGUGGAGCGACACCUCAUCGAAGAAGACACACAUCAAAUCCCAGAGCAAUGGGGAGUCAUUGAGCAGUCCUUGUAUUCAGUGAAUGAGUCUGGACAUGAAGGAAACCCUGUUGAAGGUGAAUGGCAAAGCCUUAUCAACGAAGAAGAACAUCAGGAUACAACUAGGAAGAGGGGAUCAUGUCCUGGCAUUUAUGCAACGGCCUGGUCUCACACCCGGUUUUGGAAAGCUUUGGUGGCAGCUGCUAAGAGAGCUCGAGGAGAAGUCACCUAUGAAGAAGUGACAUAUUCAGGCCCGACAUGCCAUAUUAUCUUCAUUGUUGACAGCAGCAAAUCGAUGGCAAAGAAAGACUUGAAGUUGGAUGGUCAAAGUAUGCGCCGCAUCGAUGGGGCCUUUCUAAUGAUGAAGGAGUUCGCGCAGAAUGACCCAGGACACGGAUCUGAUACAUACACCGCAGUUCUAGUAUCAGAGAUGGGAUGCCAGACAAUUUGCAAGCAAUCCCCGGCAGCAAUUCUGGCAGAUUGCCUGGAAUCAGUGGAUGUUGAACCCAAGCACGGAGCUUCCUAUCGGCGGGUCAUCGAUAGCCUGCGCACGCUGUCCGAUGUACGAGAGCGCACACGCGUCAUCUUCUUAUCCGACGCACGUCCAGGAGAUGCCGGUCCCUAUUUGAAGUACUAUUGUGAGUACCUCUCAUGGCUGGGCGCAAACUCACAAGUUCUUCCUUUAGACACAUUGCAAGUGUACACCAUCGGCAUGCAAGGAACCUCAGAUUUUGCAAUUCUUCAGCAAAUGGCCCAUUUGGGAAAUGGCAUGCAUUUGCCAUGCCAGUCAUCAAUUGCGUCUUUGCGUACAGCUUUCGCGACUGUCUCCCGCACCAUAACACAGAGACGCAAGGCAUGGUCCUUGUGCAAAGUCAAAGCUCAACCCCAAGGCAAAAGAUAUUGUUCAGGGGGCAGGUACAAACAGAAAAAUAGAGAGACAUACGCACGGCUUCCGUUGAACUUGUUAUUCAGCAAUUAGUUGAAGCAUGUUGAAGCUGAGAAGGAUUCAGCGGUGAAUGAACACAAGCGUGGCAAGGCCGUGGGGAGUGGUCAAUCAUUUAACGACUUUGCCAAGCCCACUCGCAACAAUCGCAAGGAGCGAAGUCAAUUCUAUGAGCUACCUGGAUUGAUUACCUUCGGCCAUAAGAAUUGCAAGCUCCUUCGUGGCAAGAGCACAGAGUUUGUGUUUGACGGCUCGGAAUUUCUGGAGAAGGUCCAAGAACAUGUCGAGGUAUCAGUCCACAAUCUUCCUUUUGAUCGUGGAGCGAUGAGGCAAGUGUACAUGAUGCGAGCUGAGGGUCAUGAUGAGUUAGUCGGCGUUUGUAAAAUGGGCAGGUGGACUGAUGAGACAUAUGGCAUCAAGGAAGCAAGGCGCGAUGUCAAGAGUCUUGCGCUAGCUUCUUUCUUGGCGCUGGAGUUUUGCACCUUUUGUGACUUGCAGCCUGAGAAGUUUCGCUUCGUCAGAAGCUCAAUUUAUCAAUGUCACUCUGAGGACUCUUGGGGGUUGACUGCAGACCAUGUUUUUGUGGGUGAAGAGCAUUUGAACACGCGCUUCAUCAAGUUCAGCAGCAACGAUGGCUUUGUAAACUACAUAGACCACUCACUCGAGGCACAAGCAUUUGUGCAUUUUACGUAUGAAGCUUGUGGUGAGGAAAUGAUGGUCUCUGAUAUACAAGGAGUUCGAGUUGAUAAUGGUAUAUUGCUCACCGACCCGCAAAUCCUUUCUUCCUGGCAUGGAUUUGGGCCUGGAGAUCUUGGUGCAGGAGGGAUGAGCAGCUGCAUGGAAAGUCAUGAAUGCAAUUAUUUGUGCCAACGCUUCACAAAGAAAUUCAAGGCACAAAGACAAUCUGAGCGAAUGCCUGGAUCAUGGACCACUUUGGUUGAUCCAUGGAGUUUGGCCGAAGGGGCCGAAACAUAUUCCUAACUAUUGAAAGAAGAAUGUCGUAAGAAACCGAAGAAUCCGAUAUUGAUAUG